CAUAACCCGCAAUCAGAUCAGUCUGCGCGCACCGCACCUUGAUACUACUUGCGCUCAUCUCUCCGUCUCAAAACCAGUAAUCAGUUUGGCAUAGGUCCGCUCUUAUCAGUGAAAAUACGAGACAGAAUUUUUAAAACUUUAAAAGGAAAUAAAUAAAUAAAACGAAAUUGUGGUAUAAUACUACAGGGCAGGAUACAGAAAACAUUUUCAAAUUUAACAUAGUACAACCUACGGUCGGAAAAGUAAUUUAACCUGAACCAAAAUUGAAGAAGCGACGAACUUGACGUGAAAAACUAAUGAGUAAAGUGUAGAAAACGAUUACGGUAUAGAUUAGUGAUAAAAAAACUGAUGGAUAAAACAAAAUAAUACAAGAUAUACAGUGCGUAAUAAAAAUGUAUCCCAUAGCAAAGUGAUUAAACAAAAAAUACAGUGAUAAAACGUAACGCUCUCCGAUUGUAAACGAAUAAUAAAUUUAGUGAAUUUUUGCGAUGUCUCAAGCCGGUGAGGUUGAAAUUUCUACGGCGACGCACGUUCCUCAAGAUCAGCAGGGGCAACAGGAUCAACAAAAAGGGAACUCGACGGGUAACUUUAAGGUGGACAAACCUAUUGGGAAAGGCAACUUUAGUGUGGUUUUCAAAGCGACCUGUCAGACGACCGGGAAAUUGGUGGCUUUGAAGAAGGUUUACAUCUACGACAUGAAAGAUCCGGAGGCUCGAGUGGAAUGCAUCAAAGAGAUCAACCUUUUGAAGUCGCUGGAUCACCCGAACAUCGUUCGAUAUUACUCCUCUUUCAUCACUCCUGGAGAACUGAAUAUUGUUUUGGAACUGGCUGAUGCCGGCGAUUUGUCUCGAGUCAUCAAGAAUUACAUCUCCAAGCGGCAUUUGAUUCCGGAGCCAACAAUCUGGAAAUACUUUAUUCAGAUAUGCAAUGGCAUAUACUUCAUGCAUGCUCGAAGGAUCAUGCACAGAGAUAUAAAACCAGCCAACAUUUUCAUCAUGGGUGACGGAAACAUAAAAGUUGGAGACCUCGGAAUGGGCCGAUAUUUCAGCCCAAAAACUUUGGCGGCUCAAACAAUCAUCGGGACUCCAUACUACAUGAGCCCAGAGAGGAUACGCGGAAAAGGUUACGAUUUUAAGAGUGACGUCUGGUCUUUGGGCUGCCUUUUGUACGAGAUGGCAUCGUUGCAAUCACCCUUCGCUGGCCAGAAGACCAACCUGUAUGCCCUCUGUCGAAAAAUUGGUAACUGUGACUUCGCCCCUAUACCAUCUGAUUGCUACUCAGAUCAGUUCCAAAACCUCGUUGAGUGUUGCAUGACCCCCGAAGCAACGGCCAGACCCAGCAUAGGGUACGUCCGUAACGUAGCAGCGGAGAUGAUGGCACUCUGUUCAUACAAAGCGAACAACUGCUUCGCAGGAUCGAACACCAGCCUCCAGAUUGACCAAGCCGAGGGUCUAUGAUUCCAUUUAAUCGCCCUCCCUUUCUUUAAACCGUCAUUGUUUUCAAACUAGAUUGAAAGUUUCUUUCCGUGCAGGAAGAAAAUAUUUUUAACC